AUGGGUCAAAAGACCGAGCUGGACUCUCCGAUGGAGACGUACAAGCGUCUUUCCAACAAUACGCACAGAAACUGGGUCAGGGAUAAAGGAUUGCGGAAGCUGAAUCUGGGGAUUAUGUUUAUGCUUUCAUCAUCCGCUGGGACGGGGUUUACAUCGAGUUUGAUUAAUGGACUGCUUGUUCUGCCUGAAUUUGAAACACUCAUUGGUGGCCUCAAGGAAAGUGUCCUCGGCCUCAUCAUUGCUGCUCUCUCCCUGGGUGCCAUUCUAUCAUUUGUCCCCGCGUCAUAUGUAGCCGAUAUCCUGGGCCGGAAAAUAUGCGUUUGCCUCGGUUCCAUCCUCGUUAUAACUGCAGCUCUCGUGCAAAUAUCCAUCCCACACCACUGGGUCUUCUUCGGCAUGCGAGUCGUAGCCGGCUUCGGCGUGGGUAUCUCGCAAACAGCAGCUCCGCUACUGACCACCGAAGUGGCACACCCACGACACCGGCAGACAUUCACAGCCAUUUAUAAUGCCUGCUGGAGCUUUGGUGCGAUUAUCUCGGCUUCUGUUAUAUUUGGCACGCUGCCAAUAGCAAGCAGUUGGUCAUGGCGGAUUCCGUGUAUGCUGCAGACGUUUUAUCCUACAGUCCAAUUGGUGGGCCUGUGUUUCGUUCCCGAAAGUCCGAGGUGGCUCGUCUCGAAAAAUAGGAAAGAAGAAGCUCUGGAUAUGUUGGCAAAGUACCACGCAAACGGGGAUAAAGAUGAUGAACUGGUUCAGCAUGAAUACCAACAGAUAUGCAACAGCAUAGGCGAGACGGGCAUCAAAGCCAGAAGCUGGAGCUCAUUCGUUUCCACCCGGGGUGAUAUCCAUCGCCUCUCAAUUUGCGUGUUGGUGGGCAUUAUGCAAGAGUGGGCAGGAAACGGCAUUAUAUCAUUCUACCUGGCCCCGAUCCUGGACUCAGUCGGCAUUACAGACGCAUCAGAUCAAGCAUCCAUUAACGUGAGCCUGCAAAUAUGGAACUUCAUCCUCUCCAUCGCUGGCGCAAUUGCCUCGGAGCGCUUCGGUCGACGUAUAAUGUGGCUGACCGCAACGGCCAUGAUGUUCACCUUCCUGUCUAUCACAACCAUAGUAGCCGCUCUCUUCGCCGAGAGGGACAUUCCCGAGGCGGGCGUCGCCGUGGUUCCGAUGCUGUUUCUUUUCUUCGGGUCUUACGACCUCGCAUAUGCGCCGCUUUUCAUCGCCUACCCAGCGGAGAUCCUCCCAUUCCAGUUACGGGCCAAGGGCCUUGCUAUUACGCUCACUACCGACGCAAUUGCUUGCUUCUUCAACCAAUAUGUCAACCCCAUCGCUUUUGCAGCGCUCCAGUGGAAGUACUUCUGUCUUUACGUUGGAACCUUGUCUAUGUUUUUUGCGCUGGUUUACUUCCUCUUCCCGGAGACAAAGGGCCGGUCGUUGGAGGAGGUUUCGGAGAUCUUCGAUCGGAAGAACAAUAACACUGUGCGCGUUGAGGAGGUCUUGCCUCCGAAGUGA